CCAUUAGUUUUUAGCCUUUUAGGAGGAAAAAAGGGAAGUGGGUGAUUCACUGAUUCGGUUUUGGGGUGGAAUAACAUUAUAGCAGUGAAGUUUAUCAUAGGCCGAUCUUCUUUCUCUUGGCGUGUCUUAUUAUCAGUCUCUACGCAAAUAAGGAAGCCUUGGGAGAAGAAAGCCAUCGAAAUCCAUUCUUCUGGAUCCAACUCCUGGGGCCUUUGUGGUAAAAAUGAAGACCUUUGUGGUUUCGUUAUUGAUGGUUUUGCUCGUGGUGUCUCGGGUUCCGUAUAGGACGGCCUUGCCAUCCACUGUUCCGGCAUUUCUGUGGUCCCCUCACCAAAUUGAAAUGAAGGAAGCUGUUAAUUAUCAGACACUCUCUCCAAAGGAUUUAGCCAAGUCUGUUGUGUCUGAAGGGGGCUGGUCAAACUUGCUGUGCUCUGGGGAGAAAGAUGAGCAGCCUGUGGAUCUUGCACUUGUUUUUGUUGGUAGAGAGUUGUCAUCUUUAGAUAUUUCUGGAAGCAAACAUGCAGACCCAGCACUUGUGGACUUGCUUAAGGUUUCUUUCGCAAGGUCCAAUUUUUCCAUGGCAUUCCCUUAUGUUGCUGUAUCAGAGGAGAAAGAGGCAAUGGAAAAUUCUCUGAUCUCGGGUUUUACAGAAACUUGUGGACAUGAUCUUGGUGUCAGCAAUGUUGCUUUCCUGGAGUCAUGCUCUGUAGAGGGUGGAAAUUUUAAAAAACUUGCAGACCUGCACUCAGUCCAUGAUUAUCUGGUUUCAAGGAUGAGAACGAGGCCAGUGGGUCCCACAGAUUUGGUUAUGUUCUGCCAUGGUGGCUCUCAUUUGGAAGAACUUGACCAACAACGUCUUGAAAGUGAAGUGUUCUCUGAGCUUAUCAGUUCUUUGGAGCAGUCGGGGACAAAAUAUACAGUUCUAUAUGUUUCAGAUCCAUUUAGGUCAAUUCAAUAUCCUUCUUACAGGGACCUGGAGAGGUUUCUUGCUGAAGGUACCUAUGGAAAUGGUUCAGCCAAUUCCACAACCUGUGAUGAAGUUUGCCAGAUUAAGUCAUCACUUCUGGAGGGACUUUUAGUUGGAAUUGUUUUGCUUAUAAUCUUGAUAUCUGGACUCUGCUGUAUGAUGGGUAUUGACACUCCAACAAGGUUUGAGGCUCCCCAAGAUUCUUGAUCUGUUGAUUGUGCAGGACAAUGUUUUUCUGCUGUGGCACUGGGACCUUCCAUUUCAGGUGCUGUUGAGGUUCCAGUUGUUUAAUAUUUGGUUUUCAAGGGGCGGAGAUAUAACAUUGUAAUAGUUGUUUUCUAUUUAGAGGGCGUUUUAUAAUGUCUACUUGAAUGAUAAGAGUAUGAUUUUAUCAUCAAUCACACCAUCUUCUCUUGGGUGUCUCCUUGGUUUGUGGUUUACUGAUGGGCUUAGAUGCAUGAGCACAUAAUCCUCUCCAGUAUCAUUUUUUUUUUUAAGCUAGUUCAACAUACAGAAAAUAAAAAGGGAAAUGAAGAAGGAAGAAAAAGGGGCAGAUAUGGAGAGAUCCUUGUACUUUUCCAAAUUUCAUGUGACCUUUUUCUUUGAUCAAGAUUGAAAGUGAUUUAGGACGA